AUGGCUGCCGUGACUUCUGCAUCGGCCUAUCCUCCCCUCGCAUCAUCUACCAGCCCGCUCGACUACGGCUACACAUCCUCUGUGUCGCCUCCCCUGCAGGGACAAGAUGGCCGUGUCACCACCCCUCUCGCGGCUCCACCGCCCCCGCCACUCCACAUGUCCUCUCACCGGCAUGUUCCGGGGCCAGAGAGGCAGAUAAGGUAUGCUGGCGCAGACCAUACGUUGGGUCCGACUUUUAGCGAGGAAGAGGAUGGGGACGACUCGGCGUUUAUCGCGGCCAAGAUGGCGGCACUGGGUUUGGAUCCCAAUGGAAAUCCCUACAACCAGAAUGGCUAUUCGGGUGCUACACGUGCACCGAAAGAAAGACGUUCUAGGACGCCAGUCGUGUCCCGAAAUCACGAGCCCGUCAAUUAUCAGCAGCAGCAGGUCCUCAUCGACCUCCUGUCUCAGCAGGCCAGUCCCUCCCAUAUUCGCGAAUCCAUGGCCUUGCUCGAGCUGCAGCAAGCCCAGCAUGCUGCCACCGACCGUCACUACCAAACUCAGAUGCUAGCUCAACAACAUGCCCGUUCUGCCGCCCAAAGGCAAGCGGAAGAGUACCAGCGCGACUUGUACAUUCAGCAACAGGCUCAGAAGCGAGAGAUGGAGCGAUUGGCCAUUCAGCGUGAAGCGACCAAGAGGCAGUUCUUGCAACAACAGCAAGAGCAGCAAAUGCUCAAGCUCAGAGACCAACGUCUCCAGCAACUCCAUCUCCAACAACAACUUGCUGCGCUCCAGACCGACGCCUAUCAAGCCCAGGUCCAGGCUCAGCGUCAGAGAUCAGCAUUGGGCGCUCAAAUGACCGCCAAUCUACAGGCGAGACAGGACAGAGCCGCCCAAGGGCAUUGGGGCAUGGGCAUGGACUCGGCCGACUUGAAGUCGAGAUUCGAGUCUGCCCCGCAGUCUGCCAUCAGUCCUACGAGCGAGGACCGUGGUCGCUUCGAGUCUGCCGCCUACUACUCUGGUUAUGAGGCACCUUCUGCUGUCAGCGGCAGCCCUACUUCCCCCUCCUGGCGCUCGUCCGAAUCUUCGUCCCCUACCAAAUCGGUUUCUGCUGAGGGCCCUGUCCCUGCUGUCAAGCCUGGGGGCCGAUUUGCCCGAGCUCGUGCAGCCCUGGAGGCAGAUGGAAAGAGUUCGUACGGAACUUUGAGCGCGGCCCUUUCCAAGCGCUCCUCGUCCGAGGACCACAUCUCUGCACCCGCCGAGGUUUCCAUCCCCCCUGCCGAUGUCUCCCACACCACCCCCGCCUCCCCCAUCUCUAAACGCGUCCCCAUCGCCCUCGGAAUCGGUCGUCCCGUCGUGGCGCCCCCCAAAAUUAUUCAGUCGGGCGAAAAGUAUACUCCGAGAGCAUUUAGCUUGCCCCAGGGUCCUCAGGGCGGCCGAGGGGCGCAGGCGGAGGGCAGGUCGGCGAGUUCGCCUGCUGGACAGGUGAAGAGGGUGGUAGUCACUGUGGCGCGCCAGCCUACUGGACCUCCUGGAGAUGUCAAGGACUUGGGAGACAAGAACUUUCAGGCCAGAAUCCGCUCGCAAGCUGUACGCAACCUCGGCAUGCUCGGUCGCCGCACCGACUUUCCUGCCAACGAUCUCGUCGUCGUGUAA